UUUUUUUCCAAAUCAUUUCCGUGUAAAUUUAUUCUGAUAAAGCAACAAUCAUGGUUUCGGCUCGUGCUUUGCACUUUGUUUUGAAAAUCGGUGAUCGUGGAGCCAACAUCAACUUCUUCCGUAACAUUCUCGGAAUGAAGGUUUUGCGUCAUGAGGAGUUCACCGAAGGAUGUGCUGCUAGUUGUAAUGGGCCAUAUGACAACCGUUGGAGCAAAACGAUGAUUGGCUACGGUCCCGAAUCAAAUCAUUUCGUCGUUGAACUCACAUACAAUUAUGGAGUCACCAACUAUGAUUUGGGAAAUGACUUCAACGGAAUCAGUAUUAAGGCAAAUGGUAUCAUUGACCGUGUCAAGGAACAAAACUAUCCAUUCACAACUGAAAAUGAUGUGUACGUUUUGAAAUCACCGGAUGGAUAUACAUUUUACGUGACUGAUGAACAGAGCAGCGGUGAUCCAGUCAAAAAUGUUGUCAUCAAUUCGAAUGACUUGCAAAAGACACAAUCAUAUUGGACGGAUUUAUUGGGCAUGCAAUUGGUAAAGCAGACUGAUAACGAGCUCACGUUAACGUACAGCGGAGAACAAGCAAAUUUGGUCUUCAAAAAAUAUGAUGGUCCAAUCGAUCGUAAGACAGCCUUUGGUCGCAUCGCCUUUGCCAUUGCAUUCGAUGACCAAACCAAAUUGAGCGAUGAAGUUAACAAACGCAAUGCAAAAGUGAUUCAUCCCUUGACGUCGCUUGAUACACCCGGAAAAGCUACCGUUCGUGUCAUCAUUCUGUCCGAUCCGAAUGAGUUGGAAAUUUGUUUCGUUGACGAUGAAGGAUUCUCUCAGCUGUCACAAUUUGAUCCAGCUUCUGAUGCUGACCUUAACAAGAACAUUGCACGUGACCCAUUCCAGAAGAAGUGAAUUGAUUUCAAUGAUAUUAAGCCUACAGUUGUUUUUUUUUUAUUGAGAAACAAUUAAUUUUAAACUUUUAUUUUUAAUUUUGGGAUUGGGCCAUUUUAAAUUGUUACUGUAAAAAGCAAAGCAAAGCAAUAAAUUUAGUCGUAUGAAAUAACACAUUGCAAAUAAAUAAAAUGAAGAAGAC